UCGGAUAAUGCCCGCGGCGCCCGCGCGACCAUGCAAUGGCGAGCGCUCGUCCUGGGGCUGGUGCUCCUGCGGCUGGGCCUCCACGGCGUGCUGUGGUGCGUCUUCGGGCUGGGGCCAAGCGUGGGCUUCUACCAGCGCUUUCCUCUCAGCUUCGGCUUCCCGCGCCUGAGGGGCCCCGACGGCGCCGCGCCGCCCGCCGCCCCGGCGCUCUCCGCCCGGCCCGGCCCGCCGUCCGGCCCGUCGUGGCUGCAGCCGCCGCGCGCGGGGGCGGCGGGCGGGCGGCGCCGGGCUCCGCGGCGGCCCGGGCCGGGCGUGUGCGGCCCGGCGCACUGGGGCUACGUGCUGGGCGGCCGCGGGCGCGGGCGCGACGAGUACGAGCGGCGCUACAGCCGGGCCUUCCCGCCGCAGCUGCGCGCCCAGAUGCGCGACCUGGCGCGGGGCAUGUUCGCCUUCGGCUACGACAACUACAUGGCGCACGCCUUCCCGCAGGACGAGCUCAACCCCAUCCACUGCCGCGGCCGGGGGCCCGACCGCGGGGACCCUUCAAAUCUGAACAUCAACGAUGUGCUAGGGAACUAUUCACUGACCCUUGUCGAUGCGUUGGAUACACUUGCAAUAAUGGGCAAUUCAUCCGAGUUCCAGAAAGCAGUCAAGUUAGUGAUCGACACAGUUUCAUUUGACAAAGAUUCCACCGUGCAAGUCUUCGAGGCCACGAUAAGGGUCCUGGGAAGCCUCCUUUCUGCCCACAGAAUCAUAACUGACUCCAAGCAGCCCUUUGGUGACAUGACUAUUAAGGACUAUGAUAAUGAAUUGUUGCACAUGGCCCAUGACCUGGCCGUGCGGCUUCUCCCUGCUUUUGAAAACACCAAGACAGGGAUCCCCUAUCCUCGGGUGAAUCUAAAGACGGGAGUCCCUCCUGACAGCAACAAUGAGACGUGCACGGCGGGAGCUGGUUCCCUCCUGGUGGAGUUUGGGAUUCUGAGCCGGCUGCUGGGGGAUUCCACGUUUGAGUGGGUGGCCAGACGAGCAGUGAAAGCCCUUUGGAAUCUCCGGAGCAACGAUACAGGACUAUUAGGCAAUGUUGUCAACAUUCAGACGGGCCACUGGGUUGGAAAGCAGAGUGGCCUGGGUGCUGGGCUGGACUCCUUCUACGAAUACCUCUUGAAAUCUUACAUUCUCUUUGGAGAAAAAGAAGACCUAGAAAUGUUUAAUGCUGCAUAUCAGAGUAUUCAGAACUACUUAAGAAGAGGGCGGGAGGCCUGCAAUGAAGGAGAAGGAGACCCCCCACUCUAUGUCAAUGUGAACAUGUUCAGUGGGCAGCUGAUGAACACCUGGAUUGACUCUCUGCAGGCCUUCUUCCCUGGACUGCAGGUGCUGAUAGGAGAUGUGGAAGAUGCCAUCUGCCUCCAUGCCUUUUACUAUGCCAUCUGGAAGCGCUAUGGUGCCCUCCCUGAGAGGUACAACUGGCAGCUACAGGCCCCUGAUGUUCUCUUCUACCCGCUGAGACCAGAGUUAGUGGAAUCCACCUAUCUCCUCUACCAGGCGACCAAGAAUCCCUUCUACCUCCAUGUAGGAAUGGAUAUUCUGCAGAGUCUGGAAAAGUACACAAAAGUCAAAUGUGGGUACGCCACGCUGCACCACGUCAUCGACAAGUCCACGGAGGACCGGAUGGAGAGCUUCUUCCUCAGCGAGACGUGCAAAUACUUGUAUCUGCUGUUUGACGAGGAGAAUCCGGUGCACAAAUCUGGAACCAGAUACGUGUUUACGACAGAGGGCCACGUCGUGUCUGUGGACAAGCAUCUUCGGGAGUCACCCUGGAAAGAAUUCUUCUGGGAGGACCAAGAGGGCAAGUCUGUGCACAGGCCCAAGUCUCACGAGCUAAAAGUCAUCAACUCCAGCUCCAACUGCAAUCGUGUUCCUGAUGAGAGGAGAUACUCUCUACCCUUAAAGAGUAUCUACAUGCGACAGAUUGAUCAGAUGGUUGGCCUGAUUUGAUCUGUUCCGCUCUGUGUGGCCUCGUCGUAAAGCAGACCUAAACAGCUGAACCCAGACCACGCCCAAAUCCAGUCUGAAGCGGAAGGGCAUGGCCGUCCGGCCGUCCGGCCGUCCGUGAUGGUGUAGGAGUUUCUGGCCAACUCCUCACUCACAUCUGGUUAAUUCUUACUCACUUCAGUGUUCCUUUUCCAUUCAAUAAAAUGCCCUAUUUUUCCUAAGGA